ACCCUCCGUUUCUUACCACAUCUGUCACAUGCACACUCUCCUCUUCUUGGUUUAACCCCCUCCCCGGCCCCAAAUUCUACUCGCACAACUGUUUGAUUCGUCUUGGACACUCUUCUCUUCCUCGCUCUAAUUUACUUUUGUUUCUGGGUCUCUGAGUUUUAUACCACUAGUACUUCUUAAGCAUUUAACGUUGAUUUUCUACAUCGCAUCGGGGCUCGUUCUCCUUCCUUGGGCUCACACAUUUAUUAUAUAUCUCAAGUUCCCUCUAGUUUUGUUUUAGUAUCACUGUGGAAUGUUUUUGACUGAGGCAUAGAAAAAAAGAAUUUAUUGAAAGACAUUUGUGGGUGAGAGCCAGGCCUCUCUCUCUCUCUCUCUCUCUCUCUCUCAAUCAAUAUACUGUAUAGUAGUACUCUGCAGCAACACCCGUUCAACCUUUUUAGCAGUAAUGGAGGGGAGGCUUCAAGGACCCAUCAAUCCCUGUUUUCUUGAGGAGGAGCAUUUGGAUGUGGAAAUGGAAUGCUUGGAACAAGAAACCAGUAAUAAUACUAUUAGGAAGUUGGGAUUUGGGAGCCCAAGUGAUAGCAGCUUUGAAGAAAUGAGAAUACCGUUUCUUGAGAUGUUACAGAGUGGGGAUUCACCAGCAUUUUCCCCUUUCUGUGAACUCAGCUUUCAGGCCUUACUGAGUUUACAGCAGUUUAAGAAGCCGCCGUGGGAAGGGAGCCACAGCCACCAACAGUACUCACCGGAGCUAAGGGAGUGCAGCGGCGGCGGAAGGUUUAAAGGGCAACAAGAUAGCUGCCUUACCCAUGACGCUGUUGAGGUCCAGAUCUCACCGGUUAAAUCCGAGAAGAUGGACCAUCACAACACACACUCGGCUAUCUAUGUUGAAGGAGGCGCCAACUCAGACGGCAACCAACAUGAUGGGUCCAAGGCGGUGGAGUUGGAAGAACGGCCGGUGGAGGCGGCAGCGGGGAAGGGGCAGAAGAGGAGGAGGGUGAAGAGAACGAGACCGUCGGCGAAGAAUAAGGAGGAAGUGGAGAGCCAGCGGAUGACCCACAUUACAGUUGAACGGAACCGGAGGCGCCUGAUGAACGACCAUCUCACUGCGCUUCGGUCACUCAUGCCUUCGUCCUACAUUCAGAGGGGUGACCAAGCGUCCAUAGUUGGAGGGGCAAUUGACUAUGUGAAGGAACUAGAACAACUACACCAAUCCUUACAAGCCCAGAAGAGAAUGAAGAAAUCAGACUUACUUGAUCAAUCAGGCUGCCGCGGCGGCAGCAGCGAGACCACCUCUACUUCAACCUCCUCCUCCUCCACCACUACCGGCAUUUUGGCUACAUCGUCGCCGCAAACUUGUCAAUUCGGAAACAUGAAGUCCGAAAUAGGGGAACUAGGGAAUUGCACAACGACGGAGGGAAUUAAUGUUCGGCGGAGUUAUGAAUUCACGGCGGUGAGGAAGUCGGGGGGCGUGGAGGUCCACGUGACGGUGAUCCAAAACCAUGUGAGCCUCAAGGUGGAGUGUCCGAGGAGGGCAGGACUGUUGCUCAACGCCAUUGUGGCCUUGGAAGAUUUGGGGUUAACGGUGUUGCAUCUCAACAUCAUGGCUUUGGAAAAUUCAGCUCAGUUCUCGUUUAAUCUCAAGAUAGAAGAAGGGUGCGAGAUUGGAUCAGCUGAUGGGAUAGCAGUGCUCGUACUUCAAAUAUUCUGCUUCAUCCACCGCACCACCUAGUUGAAUUAUUUGCUCACAAAUUUUGGACACGACAUAAUAGAGGGACAAGGUGCCUUCCACUGGGUUAUAUUUUUAAAUUCGUCUCUGGUCACAUGCAUCGAAGUUCCUUCGCCAUCACAUGAAUUUAUGCGCGUCAAUGUGGUGUUGGAAGAACGUGGGUCACCAUGCGGCUAUGUGCCUAAAGCACCGGAAAAUAAUUCUGGGAUGGGGAACAGUGCGCGCACAGUUGUCUCGAUCGGGAAACGACAGAGGGGGCGUUGCAGAUGGAGUGGGCCAGAGGGCCAGAUGAUGCUUACCGAUACGUGUUCUGUUUCCGAUGACUAUUUCGUCGAAAAUAAUAUGCUUUCUUUAUUUAAUUAGUAGGGGUAUUUAUUUUAUUUUAUUUUUGAUCGGCAUUUAUUUUAGUAUUUUUUUGCUCUAUUUUCCUUUUGUUAAUUUAUAAGGGAGUAGCAUUGUUUUGUUGUUA